CUGACGACUGCCAACUGGAGGGAUGACAGAGUCCCUUAGGCAUGGCCGCGUCCGCUGCCAGCUCAGCUGUCUUCACGCUGAAACCUCGAAAUGCUACUGCCUAAGCUCGGGAAAUUUUCGAAAGAAUCAUCAGAUCGUCAGAGCGAAGCAGAGAAGUCGUCAACUGGAAACAUGGCCAAGGCGACAGAUCUGUGAUGCCUAGCAGUCGAUCCUAUACAGCAUCCCUUGCCAUCAAGAGACUCAUGGCCCACCCUGAUCAUCGUUUUCUUUCGAUCAUCGGUGCCACACUCGAUAACCUCUCUUGCGAUAGACAUGGCGGGGAUCUACCGCACUUUCUUCCACGCUGACAGGCCAAAAGCAGACUGUGCGUACUUGGAGCAAGAUGUUCCGACGGAAAACCGACAACCAACGACAACAGGAGGAAAGCGUUAAAAGGGUGUUUUUCUACGCCAACGGAGCUCUGUGCACGAUGCAAAUCUCGGCCCUCACAUCGCUGGGGUUGAUGGAAGACUGACUAUUCGUGAGGUAUGCACUGACAUAUAGCUAAGACAAUGACUCGAAGCGCAAGCAUUCUUAUCAUAUGUCAGAGAAUAUUAAUCUCACCAUCAAUCCGCCGCUCGGGGUUUGCUAGAUGCAAUCGGGAGACUCACCGACAGCAGCGAAUUGCUCGGAUCAAUUGGCCGAAUUCCUACAGUGUUUCCUGCAACCUAGAGAUGUGCCCCAUCCACCCUCUGUCUUAUGACACCGAGUGGCCACUGCUAUCUGUUGUCUCUGAUCUUCAACUAUCUAUUGGGUCUUCCAAGAAACUAACCUGGGAACAUCUUCACCGUGCGGUCCUUUCUCUCCAAUCUAGACUGUCAAUAGUUUACCGACCCUGUUACCUCGCCGAUCUUCGGUGCUCCGCAAAUAAGACGACUAUUGGGAAGCAAAGUCGGCUUUGGCUCUCGUCGCAGGGUUUUUUCAGUGUCAGUUUCAUUAUUUCAUGACUCAUUAGGGCGCUCAUUUCGAGUAGCAUGUCAUGGUUCGACCCGUUCUACUAUUACUAUAUUGUUCAGGGCAUCACUGUUACUCGCAAGUCAGGCUAACGUAUACCUUUUCAUGAUACGUUUCAUGUGUCGAUAAUUGUCUGCUCUAUUGCUCGCGAACAAUCCUGAAUUGCAGGCGCUUUACCGAUCUGGCUAUUAUGGCGCUACCCCAGGAUCCAGAUGCGAAAGCAGAUAAGCAGGUUGAAAGGCCUUCUUCUGGACAGUUGCAAGCAGAACCGAAAACGCUUGACCCAGCUCAGGAUCACCGUGACCUACCUGCAGCGGCUGAGAAGUUUAGAGAACCCGACGCAGAGCAAUACUUGCGGUUUUCCCCCGCCCGUAAAGCUUGUAUGGUCGCGAUUCUUUCGUACUGCUCAUUUCUUGCUCCCGUUUCUUCCACCUCAAUUCUGUCUGCGAUUCCUGAGGUUGCUAGCACUUAUGACACAAGCGGGAGCGUUGUCAAUGCGAGCAACGCGUUGUAUUUGGCAUUCAUGGGGAUCGCUGCUCCUUUCUGGGGUCCGUUUAGCCAGGUUUGGGGCCGUCGUCCUAUCUUCCUUUGGAGCGCUUUUCUGUUUUGCGCCUUUAGCAUCGGCUCUUCGCUAGCUCCGAAUAUAGCAGCGUACUUCAUUUUCCGAGUCCUCACGGCCUUCCAGGGAACGAGCUUCCUCGUAGUCGGAAGUUCUGCGAUCGGUGAUAUCCACGAGCCCCGAAAGAGAGCGACGGCAUUGGGCUGGUUCUUGUCGGGAACGCUGAUCGGACCGGCCCUGGGACCGUUUAUCGGAGGCGUCAUCGUAACAUUUCGGUCGUGGAGAGUUAUCUUCUGGCUUCAGACCGCACUCAGUGGAUCUGCCACGUUGCUAGUCUUCUUUUUCUUCCCAGAGACAAUACCCUACAAGGCCAACGCCGAGCUUGCUAAGAAGCCUAUCCUGGAUAAAGCCAAAUUGCUUUGCCAUCGCAUUUCGCCUAUCCGCGUGGGUAUCCUCCUCUUUUCGUAUCCGAAUCUCUUCUUCGCGGGCUUGGCCGCUGGGGCUCUCGUUUGGAACCAGUACUCUCUUCUGACCCCAAUUCGAUAUGUCCUAAACCCGCGCUUCCAUCUAACAAGCCCGAUUCAAUCUGGUCUGUUUUACAUAGCCCCUGGCGCCGGGUACGUAACGGGCACUCUGGUCGGCGGUCGUUGGGCAGACUAUACCGUAAGGAAGUGGAUCCGCAAGCGGAAUGGGGUACGAGUACCUGAAGAUCGCCUCAAGUCGUGUUUGGCGUUCAUCUGCGUUAUCAUCCCCGGCUGCAUCCUCGUCUACGGAUGGACCGUGGAGAAGGCCGUGGGUGGGAUUCCCGUGCCGGUGAUUGCAAUGUUCCUACAGGGGGUUGCCCAGCUGUUCUGCUUCCCGAGUCUGAACACCUACUGCCUGGACGUUAUGCAAUCCAAAGGCCGCAGCGCUGAAGUAGUUGCCGGGAACUACAUGUUCCGAUAUGUCUUUGCAGCUGUUGGCUCCGGUGUUGUACUCCCAGCCAUACAGGCCAUCGGAGUUGGAUGGUUCAGUACCAUCAGUGCAUUCUUCUUGAUUGUCGCAGGGGUCUUGGUGUGGUUGACAACUAUUUUUGGACCACGAUGGCGAGACCUGGUGGAUGAGAAAAGGCAGCGAAAGACCUCGCGGCAAGCUGGCAAUGAAGAGCAGCAAACCGACAACCCUAAGAGAGAAGUACACGACACAGUGCGCCCUGAUGGAAAAGAGACUGUGUGAGAAAACACAGUGUCCUCAUGAUGUGCAUUUCAAUCCUUCUCUUCAUCCCUUGCCUCUCUCAUGACUCACAGCAUCUAAUCGCCUAUUAUCCACAUAUGUAAUGAUUGAUAAGGAAAUCACUAGAUUGGAAUAGAC